UUAUACACGGCUAGUAAUGGAGGUCAUCCAAUUUGCUCAGUCAUCCUGGAAACAAUGGCGAAUAGCACUUCCUCAGCAUCUCUGCUCAGUAAAUACCAAGAGUACCUGGACAGAGCUGCAGGUCUGAACCGCACAGAGGACCAUGCUCCCCUCUCCCUCCCUCCUAAAUUUAGUGUCGGCAUCGUGGGGGGUGGAAUGUCUGGCUUAUAUUCAGCGAUUCUUUUACAGCAACACUUUCCAGGAGUUGAAGUCAAGAUUUUCGAUGCCAGUGACAGAGUAGGAGGCUCUGUGUACACUUACCGUUUCUCGUCUGAGCCAAAUCAGUAUUUUGAAGCUGGCGCUAUGAGAAUUCCAUGCAUUGAUAGUCACCGACCUGUAUUUUCACUCAUUGAGUUUCUCAACAAACAGUUCCCAGACGAUCCUAUUGAGCUGAUGGAUUUCAAGUAUUUGAGUUUAGAGGGAAACCGAGUUUUUGUCAACAAUACGAAACAGAAGAAUGGUUGCAUUAUGUCUGCUAAGUAUGCUGCUGAACACUACAAAGAGCUUGGAUUUCCGGAAGAUGCUGUAGCCGAUGGAGAAGCCAAUAAAUUAUAUCUUGAGGCACUGAAACCUCUCUCUGAAGCAUUUGAGACCAAUUUUGAAGCAUCUUUGAUGAAAUACCACGACAUGUCUUUUCGGGAAUACCUCUCUCGUGAUCUGGGUUGGAGUUCCAAGAAAAUCAACUAUGUUGAAGUUAUGUGUUGUCAGACCAACGACUUGCGUGAUGGACUGUUGGAACAGUUUUUCUUUGAUGGCAUUUUUGAUUUCCAGCUAACAUGGAAAACUAUCAAAGGAGGUAUGUCCAAGCUCCCAGAAUUGUGUGCUGAAGCCGUUCAAAGAAGAAAUGGAGUGAUUUUGUUAAACUCAAAAGUCGAGUCGCUAUCACAGUCAAAUCAGAGUGUUAAAAUUGGAUUUUCUCAACCCAAAACAAAAGAUCUGAUCUACGAAGAAUUUGAUGCUGUGAUUAUGGCUGUUCCUUUGCCUUUACUUCGUCUCAUUCCCGAAAGACCAUAUUUUGGUACGGACGCAGAACAAGCUAUGAGGGCAACGUUGUUUGAUCCUAUGAGUAAAUUUGGCUUGCGAUUUCACUCGAGAUUUUGGGAGCGACCUGAUUUAAACCCCCCACCCUCGUUUGGUGGUCAGUCAACGACAGACUUGCCAAUUCACUGGGUUAUAUAUCCUGACUACGGAGUGGGAGAAAAAGAAAAAGGAGUACUUCAUGUCUACAAUUGGAACAGUGACUCUAUGCAGUGGAGAAUUCUGUCGAAAGAGGACAAGAUAAAGAGGGCUCUGCACGAUCUUCAAUCACUCUAUCCGGAAGUGGACAUUGCCCAAGAAUACGCUGGAGGUGAACCAGGGAGUGAACAUUUCCUGAGCCAAGCUUUUGAAAUAGAUUGGUGGGGAAUGACAUUCUACCUGCCUGGACAGUUCCACGAGUUCUACCCUGCAAUGGUCAAGCCUCAAGGGAAUAUCUAUUUUGCUGGUGGGCAUCUGGCCAGCUCCCUUGCAUGGAUUGUGAGUGGACUGGAAUCGGCAAAGCGAGCGGUGUCGCUACUGGCAACCAAGUAUGGGAUCAAAGAUGUGGACUAUAUCAGAUAACUGUAUUGCUAUUUUGUGAUUAAAAACAAUGUUGAAUAAAAUG